GGCGGCUCCGCACAGCCAAGAUGGCGGCGGUGGAGCUGGAGUGGGUGCCCGAGACGCUCUACAACACGGCCAUCUCGGCCGUCGUGGACAGCUACGGGCGGGCGCGGCGCCGCGACAUCCGCUCGCUGCCCGAGAACAUCCAGUUCGACGUGUACUAUAAGCUUUACCAACAGGGCCGCUUGUGCCAGCUGGGUAGUGAAUUUUGUGAACUAGAAGUUUUUGCAAAGGUGCUACGGGCUUUAGAUAAAAGACAUCUGCUCCACCACUGUUUCCAGGCUCUGAUGGACCAUGGAGUCAAGGUUGCUUCAGUCCUGGCCUAUUCCUUCAGCAGACGGUGCUCCUACAUUGCAGAGUCAGAUGCUGCUGUGAAAGAAAAAGCAAUCCAGAUUGGCUUUGUCUUAGGGGGGUUCCUGUCAGAUGCAGGCUGGUACAGUGAUGCUGAGAAGGUUUUCCUUUCCUGCCUUCAGCUGUGCACCCUCCACGAUGAAAUCCUUCACUGGUUCCGUGCUGUGGAGUGCUGUGUGAGGUUGCUGCACGUCCGGAACGGGAACUGCAAGUACCACCUGGGAGAGGAGACCUUCAAGCUGGCGCAGUCCUACAUGGACAAGCUGGCCAAGCACGGGCAGCAGGCCAACAAGGCGGCGCUGUACGGGGAGCUGUGCGCGCUGCUCUUCGCCAAGAGCCACUACGACGAGGCCUAUAAGUGGUGCAUAGAAGCCAUGAAGGAGAUCACAGUUGGGCUGCCUGUAAAAGUGGUGGUGGAUGUGCUACGACAAGCAUCAAAGGCCUGUGUGGUGAAACGGGAGUUCAAGAAGGCAGAGCAGCUCAUAAAGCACGCCGUGUACCUUGCCAGGGAGCAUUUUGGAGCCAAGCACCCCAAAUACUCUGACACGCUACUAGACUACGGAUUUUACCUGCUCAAUGUAGACAACAUCUGCCAAUCUGUUGCCAUCUAUCAGACAGCGCUCGAUAUCCGGCAGUCGGUGUUUGGAGGUAAAAACAUCCACGUAGCCACAGCUCAUGAAGACUUGGCUUAUUCUUCAUAUGUUCACCAGUACAGCUCUGGCAAAUUUGACAAUGCACUAUUCCAUGCUGAACGUGCUAUUGGCAUUAUCACUCACAUUCUCCCAGAAGACCAUCUCCUCUUGGCCUCUUCAAAGAGAGUUAAAGCACUUAUCCUGGAGGAGAUUGCCAUAGACUGUCACAACAAGGAGACAGAGCAGAGGCUGCUCCAGGAGGCUCAUGACCUGCACCUCUCCUCGCUCCAGCUGGCUAAAAAAGCCUUUGGGGAGUUCAACGUGCAAACAGCCAAACACUACGGCAACCUGGGCAGACUGUAUCAGUCCAUGAGGAAGUUCAAGGAAGCAGAGGAAAUGCACAUCAAGGCCAUCCAGAUCAAGGAGCAGCUCCUAGGGCAGGAGGAUUAUGAAGUUGCCCUCUCCGUGGGCCAUCUCGCCUCCCUCUACAACUAUGACAUGAACCAGUAUGAAAAUGCUGAAAAGCUUUAUCUGAGAUCCAUAGCAAUUGGAAAGAAGCUUUUUGGUGAAGGAUACAGUGGACUUGAAUACGAUUACAGAGGUCUCAUUAAACUGUACAAUUCCAUUGGCAAUUAUGAGAAGGUGUUUGAGUACCACAACAUUUUGGCCAACUGGAACCGGUUGCGGGACCGGCAGUUCUCGGUCACGGAUGCGCUGGAGGACGUCAGCACCAGCCCCCAGUCCACGGAGGAAGUGGUCCAGUCUUUUCUGAUGUCUCAGAACCUCGAGGGACAGAGCAGCUAAGAACUUGGUCAAUUAACCAGUUAAGGUUUUUUCCCCCAGGUUACAGGGGGAAAAGUCAUACUGUGAAAUCUAAACCAUGUAGUUCUCUGGGGGCUGGAAUUUGCGUUGAAACACUGGUCCAGUCUACUGAAGAGUGCCCAUACGGAUGAAUGUGUGUUAAAUUCCUCUCAGCAUGUGUAUGGCAUGUUUAGUUCGGCUCACGUUUUUAACUUGGUAUUCCCAAAAAACCCCCUUCUCUCUCUCUUCUUUCAAAAGAAGCUACUUUGCAGAAAGUCUGCAAGAAAACAUUAAAUAAAACUGUUUGAGUUCAAAA